AUGUUGUUGGUAUUUUGUAUGCUGUUUGUGCUCAGUAUUGGACGAUGCACAGAUGAUCAGAAUUUCACGACAGUGACUGCUCAUGUUGGGGAAAAUGUGACUCUAACGUGUAUGCGACACGACUCUUCAGACACAAAAUUCUUAUUUUGGAUCCGACUUGUUGCUGGAAAUUUUCCUGAAGUCUUAGGAAGAACAUUUAGCUUUCCAUAUAUAAGCCAUGAUGGAGUGGCUCGCAUUACAGCAAAACAAGAGCCUGGAAAAUUUGUUCUACAUAUUACAAAAACACAACUAAGUGAUACUGCAAUUUACUACUGUAUAAAAGUAUAUCAAAUAAGAAUGACAUUUUUGAAUGGAACAUUUCUGAGAAUCAAAGACUCAGAACCAAACAUCACUGUUGUCACUCAAGUCUUUCCGUCUGAGCCCGUCUAUGAAGGAGACCCUGUGACUCUCCAGUGUUCACUCCUCUCUGACUCGGAGAACAAAGCCUGUCCAGCAGAACACAGUGUGUUCUGGUUCAGAGCCGGAUCAGAUGAGUCUCAUCCCAGGAUGAUUUACACUCAUGGAAACUGGGGUGAUGGAUGUGAGAAGAGUCCUGAGGCUGGCUCUCCUCCACAGAGCUGUGUCUACAGCUUCUCCAAGAACAGCGUCAGCUCCUCUGAUGCAGGGACUUACUACUGUGCUGUGGCCACAUGUGGGGAGAUCCUGUUUGGAAAAGGAGCUAAACUGGACAUUGAAGGUAAAGGAGCUAAACUGGACAUCAAAGUUUCAGCCACCAGAAGGCCUAUGUUAUUUGAGGAUGAAGAAAAGGUCAGGCAGAGAGUUGCAGACACGUUAGUUUAUUCUGCAGUAAUGUUUACCAGGAGGACAAAUGGCAACAGCAGAAUGAGGAAGAGAAAAACAGCAGAGGCAGAGGCCGUCCACGCUGCUGUCAGGACUCGGGAUUAG